GAGCCAAGACAUCCAUUCGGUGUGACACGGACUGCGAAGUUGUAAUCGAAAUAACUUACUGGACUACUCCAUCUACGACUUUCUUCUCGCUGUUUUUUAGUCGAGGUUCGUGUAAGUGUGGCUGUACAUAUCUAAUGGCACUAAAUGCGCUCGAGCAUACUUCUCCACUCGGGAGAGGAGAGGUGGCUCGCACCAUGCGCACGGCUCCCAUGACGCAACCGGCCACUGGCAGAUUUCCGUGAUGCUCCCUCAGGAGUGGCUAACCGCACACCGCUGAGAUCCUCUUCUGGCAGGUAAUAAACUGCAGACGACAGUUGGACAUCUCUGCGGGCACGAUAAAUACCCAGAAGCGCCAUCAACUCCUGGCUGUGGAUAGCGGCGUGGCAUUUCUCUUGCCUGGGUGUAUGUUGGUGAUUAUUCAGAGUUCUUAAAGCAGACUCUUAAAAGGAGGCCGUAUUCAACAGACGCGAACAGAGGAAUCAGCACGCACAGGUUGAGUUAAUUGCUGAAAACAAAGUGUACCUGGCAUUUCAGAGACAUGUUGUAGACUGUUUGAAGCCUUGACCCAUGGCUGUGCGUAGGAUAAAACAGACCUUCUGCCAGGCAGAACAGUAGCUGGUUUGUGGAUUGAGCUGUGCAGCUGUGAAGAUGUGAAGACUGUGAAUACGUUAUGUUUUGAAGGAGGACGCUUUAAAAGAAGACUUUUCACCCCUCUCUGUAGAGCUACAAGCCGGUCACAAGGUGAAGGCUUUAGUGGAUAUAACUCGGAAUUUAGUGUCAUUUUAAUUAACUCGGCUCAAUGCGCGUCCUGUGACACACCAGGGUCUAAGAAGCGGCGCUGUCCUGUCCUGUCCGAGUUGGACCGUAGAAUGCGUCGGGUCAGAGACGCAUUGAUUGAAAGCUCAAAGUGGCGUUCCCUUCGGAUGGACAGCUGGCGCUUCUUUCGACAGCCGUAGUGUGGCGAAUAUUAUGUCACUCAAUUAUGAUUGUGUAAGAGCAAGAGCGGGAGACUUCGAGAAAAUGCGGUACACUCUCUCCUUGCAGGUGUCCACUCUGCUGUUUGUGUGUGUGGGGGGUGCUGAUGGAGAAGACCCCUGUGAUACUCUGAUGAUGCUGUCGGGAAACUUCACCAUGUACUCUAUGGCCUUCGGGAACCAGACUGACCAGAACGUCUCAGGGGUGUUCUGCAGAACCUCCAUUGACGGGAUCGGCACCUGCUGGCCCAGGAGUCGUGCGGGUCAGAUGGUGACCCGGCCGUGUCCGGAGUUCUUCCUCGGCGUCCGCUACAACACCACCAAUAGUGUAUACAGGACGUGCCUGGCCAAUGGGACGUGGGCCCUGAAGGGAAACUAUUCGCAAUGCCGGGCCAUACUCAACACACAGAGGAAGAGUAAGCUGCACUACCGUAUAGCGGUGAUCAUAAACUACCUGGGCCACUGUCUCUCCCUGAUAGCUCUCCUCCUGGCCUUCGCUCUCUUCCUGUGCUUAAGGAGUAUCCGUUGUUUAAGGAACAUCAUCCAUUGGAACCUAAUCUCAGCGUUCAUCCUCAGGAAUGCCACCUGGUUCAUCGUGCAGCUCACCAUGAACCCCGAGGUCCAUGAGAGCAAUGUGCUGUGGUGUCGCGUGGUCACAGCUGUGUACAACUACUUCCACGUGACCAACUUCUUCUGGAUGUUUGGGGAAGGCUGCUACCUGCACACGGCCAUUGUGCUCACCUACUCCACCGACAAGCUCAGGAAGUGGAUGUUCAUCUGCAUCGGCUGGGCUAUUCCUCUUCCAAUCAUCGUUGCCUGGGCUAUUGGCAAAUUGUAUUACGACAAUGAGAAGUGCUGGUUCGGGAAGAGAGCCGGAGUGUACACGGACUACAUCUACCAGGGGCCCAUGAUUCUGGUGCUCGUGAUCAACUUUGUCUUCCUCUUCAACAUAGUCAGGAUUCUAAUGACCAAACUCAGAGCCUCGACCACGUCUGAGACCAUCCAGUACAGGAAGGCAGUGAAGGCGACCCUGGUGCUCCUGCCUCUGCUGGGGAUCACCUACAUGCUGUUCUUUGUGAACCCAGGAGAGGAUGAAAUCUCCCAGAUCGUCUUCAUCUACUUCAACUCUUUUCUCGAGUCCUUCCAGGGAUUCUUUGUGUCUGUGUUUUACUGUUUCCUAAACAGUGAGGUGCGCUCCGCGGCCAGGAAGCGGUGGCACCGAUGGCAGGACAAACACUCCUUCCGCACGCGGGGUGCCAGGGCGAUGUCCAUCCCGACCUCGCCCAGCCGGCUGAGUUUCCACAGCAUCAAGCAGUCCACGUCCGUAUGAGACUCACACACUCGCUCCACCUGGGGAGGAAGGAAGAGAAGAAAGGGGGGAACGGACGAGAGAGCGGAAGAGAGGAGAGGAGAAGAGAAGAAGGGACAGUGGAAAUAGAGGAGACGAGAGGAGAAAGGGAGUGACAGCUGACAGUUGAAGGGAGCGGAGAGGUGGAGAGGUGGAGGGGACUCACAGCAGAGGGAGGUGUGAACGGCCCAAACUGGGCCAGGAACUGCAGGAACUGCAGGAACUACAGGAGUCAGCACAUCUGGCAUACAGGCCUGUAGAACCUGUGUCCCUUCAGUAUGGGUUUCCACGGCAACUGACUGAGAUGGCAUGGUGGCUCUGGAUAUGGAUGACAUGGGCCCAGAAGCACAUUAAGAGCCAAGGGGUCAGAGUUCACCUCUAAAUACCCCCCUCCCAACUGCCACCUCGAUGUCUCUUGCCUAUUUAUUGGAGUAUGACUAUCACAAUGGGCUAACAAGGAGCCUGUUAGCUUCUGUAACAAAGACAUCCCCCCUCCAGUCCCAUGCUGCUGCAUGCCUGUCCAGAGUCCAGAGCAGCCCAGAGCAGCCGGCCAGUCACCUCCACAACCACCCUCCUCCCCUUCCCUUGGGACCAGCCCUGAGGCCCUAUCGAGCCGAGCAGACCAUCUCGGACCCUGACUGAGUUGACUGCAAGGGACCAGUUCUGUGAACCAGUGCUCUGGACACGACCUUCAACCUUCAACAUGCACUUGCCCCUUCCUGCCCUUGACCUUUGGACUUGUGACCUGUCCCCUUUCAGUAAGUGGACACUGGACAUCUACAGGCCGAAGGAACAGAGUAGGGAGAGGGGGGCGAGAUAAAUCACACCGACAGUCAGAAAAGGGAAGCUAGAUCUUGAACAGUUGAUUCUAUGUAGAUCCGGCAGGUGAAGACGGCACACUUUGAUCUUUGCUACCCCAAUGUAUCAAAAUAUGUGUGAGGGAGCAGACCUUGGGACGGCGGAGAAGCACUUGUCAGUGGGAGACGGCAGUGGACGCUGAUGCAGCACUAAGGUGCGGUUAAGAGCUCCUGCCUCUGCGUUCUUCACAAAGAGUGAUGUGGCUUUGCAAGAGUUCCUGCUGUCCAGUGAUGUGGGUUUGCAUUUUCCUUUCGGUUUCAGCUUUUGGGGCGAUGAGAGACCCAUUUGAAUGGCCCUUCUGGAUGUUGCUGUGCUGGUGAAAUGAGCUGGAGAUAAUUCAACGCCCCUCUCCUUCCGCCCUGAUUAAAAAUGGACGCCUUUGCUCCAGGCUUAUAUUCUCCACAACAAUAACAUGGCCGACCUGCAAGAAAACUGCAAAAAUACCCUGCAGAGUCGAAAACAGUACCACUGAAACAGAACACCAAAAGGGAAGACUUACCUUGGUUGCUUUAAAGCUCGGGCAGAAUAAACAAAAUAUGCACAAUAAAAACCAAAUCAACACAGACAAAAGGGACCCUAUUUUCCUACAAAAACACAACAUGUAAAGCUUUUAGGCCUAUAGACCAUUACCUGUUAUCCACCCGAGUGUCUGGUGUUUUUUCUCUCUUUCAAAUUCUAUGUGUAAUCAAUUGCAAAUUGCAACAAUUUGUGGGCGGGGCAUGAAUGAGGAGAGCCUGAUUUCAUUACAGCUGUAAUGUGCCCGAUGAGGAGCAUUCACUACGGGAUAAACCAGUUAACCGAGGACAUGGACCGUGUUUAUAUUUACGGCUUCUGUCCCUUGACACCUCUGUGUUGUGUUAACAAACCAAAUCAGUCCGUGCCAUUAAGCUAGCUAGCGCUGUUCUGGAGGGCUUUCCAACGCACUGAACAAUUAAAGUGUCUGAUUUCAAUUGCCUGAUUAUUACCACCUGGAGGAAAUAAUAUUGAUAACCGAUAAGACGGCUUAUUUAACAAGAUUACCAAAAUGAUAUGACCUACUUGUACAGAUUAUGUAUGCAUAAAGGCCUACUUACAUAUAUUGUGAAACAUGCAUGAAAAUAUUGAGUUUGAAAUGGAAGUGGAGGGUUGGAAGAUACAGAACAAUGUUACACAACUUGUCACGUGGCCAAUGUAAAUGAACACGGAUUUUCAGUUUCGGGGGACAAGAUGUUCAGGAACAAGCGUAACCUGGAGAGCAUGUUUCUCGUAUACGCCGGCCGCUGGCACAGAUCAGCCUGGAGGCUAUUCUUCUUGCAUGGCACAGCACAGCGACCUCUUCACCAAGGCUUUUGAAUGGGGAGGCUAUUCUGGCUUUUGUCAGAUGGCCACAAAUUCCUCCAAAUUUUCACACAUAAUUACACUGGAUGUUGGCAGUGUGGGCCAUUGAGAGGUGGAUGGUUUAGCACAAUAACAAUUGAUUACUUUCACUGUCAAUUGCUUCCUUGAUGGAUUGUUUUGUCUGUAACAUGCCAGAGAAUUGUGAUUGGCAUUGCCCAAAACCCAAAAUGAUGCCCUCACGUUUGUUAUAAACCUCCCAAAUAUAUUCAGGCUGAUAAGUAAACCAGAACAACAAAAUAUUCAAAUUUCCUGAGAUGGAACUACUUAAUUAAAAUGAAUGGUUGAAAUAUAGUUUUUUAUUAUCCUUAGGUUCAGCUACGCUUUAUGGUAGGUCAGAGGAUGGUUGUGAACGUCAGGCUUAAACAUUCACUUUGGCACACAAUGAUCAAUGGAGCUACUUUUUUACAUUUAGAUAUUUGUACAUCUGAAAUAUUUGUUUUAUAUUUAAUCUCAUCAGACAUCUUUCAAAUAAGACCGAUUCCAUAUGCAGUGUAAUUUUUGUUAAAUGAAAUUCACCUUGCUGCCAGACACUAAAUUAGGUCCUGGUUACCCUUUCUAUAUGCGUGCCCCAUUAAGAUCAUGUCAGACAGAUAAAGCCCACUAGCUAGUCAAGCCCAUCACACUCAAUUAAAUCAUAUGGCAAUCAUUAGUGUACAUCUGGGCCAGAGCUAACCUGACUUUCGCCAGAUCCUGUAGUUCGCUGUCUGCUUCACACAAGGAUCUGGGACUUCUCGAUAUGAGAUGUAUUUCUGAAGGCGGGUCCUUGUAAAACAUCCUCGCAUGUGAUUUGAUAAACCACUUGCCUGUUAUCUUGAAUGACGUGCUAGGUUUCUUCAAGCUCUUGCCAAACCCGGUCGGAAGAAGAGUAAAAACAUCCUUGCCACCAAUAAAUGUCUUCAAACCUAUUCUCUGUUAAUCUUUUAAAGAAUGAAUACUCGAUAGAUUCGACAAAACGGUUGAAAUAGCAGAAUCAAUGUCAGCACAAGACUCCUCGCUGCGUGCCGCCAUUGUUAUUUGAAUCAAACACUCGCUUCGGCGCUCCUGAUUGGUUGCUCAUUUUUUGAUCACUGGCACAGGGGUUUGGAUUGCCCUCGCGUCCAGACCCUUGUGUGGAGCUAAGCGAAACGCCUCUGGUGGAGCAUGGCGGAACUACAAGGGUCUGGCGAGAGUCAGGUUAGGCCAGAGCGGUAGAUAAAACAGAGUGGUGACACUCCCAUAGACCUCCAUAGGAAAAAAUGGCAGCGCUUUUUCCAGGCUAUUUCCUCGUUGUGGGGCUUUUGGAACUGUUUACAGCCAAUCUCUUGGUCAGUAGUCGAUGAGUGAAAUGAUUACACCUUCCAGCAUCAGAAGUACAUCCCACCCUCCUGCGAUUCAGCCAUUCAGCACAGGUUUUUUGGAACUUUUGAUCGUGGCGGCAACAUCAAAGAGUGUCGCAACUCUCCUUUUCUAUGGCUCUGAUCUGGGCCUUUGGAUUAAGCAAAGGUUUAUGUGAACAGCAGAGAGGGCCAAGAUCACCAAACAAUAUAGCUUCAUUUAUUAUAAGACACUGGUUGGAUUAUAGAGGAAAAUAUCAAUGUGCAGUGGGCUCACAUUAGACAAGUAUCCAGUGAACUGCACCUGCAGAACUAUGCUUAAUGCCUCCAAUGCAGCAGUUGCACCAUCUAGUGAGCAAGUGGAAACACUACACAGCAAUACAGCGCUAAAGAAUGCACCUGCAUCAUCUAACUUUCCCGCCAAGCCGGUGAUGCCUGGUUAUCAGAUGAGCUCACUCCGGCUGCACCACAUCGUGAACGUCACCUUUAUCAUGUUUUGUGCAAGAAGUGUCAAUGACACUAUGUAAGAAUGUAUACUUUGUUGCUUGCUGCUGAAUGGAAUUAUUAAUACAUGCUCAGUUAUUUGCCAUUCCCUUA